AUGGACAGUGUAAUGCUAUAUUGGGAUGAUAUGCUUCUAAUGGUGGGCCCAUAUGGAGAUCCAGUUUGCUAUCUUGAUGAUGGACCCAUUAUCCUUAUCCUAGAGUGUGAUGGUGCUAGGAUAUUGUCUAACUUAAACAUGGAGUUUCUUCAACGGGCUCCAGCUUCAAUUGAAUCUAUCUUCAAUAUUGGGAGCACAGAACCAACAACUUUAUUGUAUGAUGCGUUGGAUCAUUUUGACAGGAGAAAUGCAAAGGUUGAUGAAAAUUUGAGGCUGAUAAAAACAUCGUUGCAUGAGGCUGUUAAAGAGGAAUUUCCUCAUCCUCUAUCCCGUGUCAAGCAACCAGCUGGAUAUAGAUUGUCAUAUCAGAUAGUUGACUCUUUAAUCUGGCUUGGAAUUCGAGACAUAAUAAAUGAUGUUAGGAAGAAAAAGUUGAAGCUGGGACCUGUCACGUAUUUAAAUGGUUCUCAAGGCUCUGAGACUGAUAUUCCACAUGGAUACAUAUGGAGUCCUCAUCUUGUUCCUAAACCAAAAGAUUGGGGACCUAAAAUUGAUGUGGUUCGAUUUUGUUUCCUUGAUCUCGCAUCAAACUACAAACCCCCUGAAGAACUUGUACGUUGGUUUGAUGCUGGCCCAAAGCCUAUCUAUAUUGGGUUUGGUAGCCUUCCAGUUCAAGAGCCUGAGAAAAUGACACAGGCAAUCGUUACAGCCCUAGAAAUGACUGGACAAAGGGGCAUCAUCAACAAAGGAUGGGGUGGUCUUGGUAUCUUAACAGAGCCAAAGGAUUUUGUAUACUCGUUGGACAACAUCCCCCAUGACUGGCUUUUCUUGCAAUGUGCAUCUAUGGUACACUACGGGGGUGCUGGAACUACAACUGUUGGACUAAAUGCAACGUGCCCAACUACAAUUGUACCUUUCUUUGGUGACCAACCAUUUUGGGGAGAACGAGUUCAUAGCAGAGGCGUAGGGCCGCCACACAUACCAGUCGAUCAGUUUAACCUCACCAAGUUGGUUGAUGCAAUUAAAUUCAUGCUAGAUCCCAAGGUGAAGGAGCGAGCAGUGGAACUUGCAAAGGUGAUGGAGAACGACAAAAUGUUUACCUAA